CAAGAACUUUGAAACUCUGCCCUCUGCCACUGACGAUUACGCAGCUAUACUCUCGUACAGGCGGAAGCUCACCGUACUGUACAAUACCCAAUAUCACAUCAUAGCAAGAGUAAGAAGAGCUAGCUAGAAGCCUGAAAGAAGACUCUUCAUUAUCUCCUUCUUCCGAAGUUAUCCCUCCAGUCGCCAGCUCCUAGAUAUAUUGAUAUAAAGCAAGCUACCAAUCUGCCAGAGAGUUGGGUAGAAUCAAAUCGAAUCAAGAUGUGGCAGCAACGCCCUUUUCUGAGCCAUCUAGUGCUGCUGGUACUGUGGAUGUCACUGAUGGGUAUCACGGGAGCCUCGAAUGUCCCCUGUAACGCAACGUUGCAAUGUGAAUUGAAGCUCCGUCCUGGAUCCAUCUGUAUGGAAAGUGGCUAUUGCUCGAAUCCCCUCUAUCAUGGUGGUGGCUGCUUGAAGACCAUGUUGGGUGCCAAGAACUGGACACGGACUCGCGUCUGCAGUUCCCAAGAUCCUCCCGAGGCGGCCGCCAAUGGCUAUUGUCUGCCGGCAUCGGCAGCGGGGCACUUUUCCUACCAAGAAAUCCGAUUGGCAGGUCUCAAUUGGGAAACGGGUAUCUUUGUCAGUUGGAUCAUUCAAAUUAUCUUGUCCGAAGUCCUCAAUGUCCCCACGACGAUUGAUGCGGGAUCACCCCAUGUCAAUAUCGACUUGUACAAUCCAAAGUCCGAAUUUGAUCUUUCUUCCAUUGUCUUGGACUAUGGAUGGGAGGGACAUGCCGUUGCCGAUCGAGUCAAGGAUUGUCGAACGGUAUAUACCGACGACGAAGAUAACUAUCAACAGUGCUUUCACGUGGUACCCGAAAUGUGGUGGAGUACAGUGCUCGAAGAAGGCAAAAUCGUGGGGAUUGACCCACCUAGAGAAUUGGGUGUCCUGGGAGAAAAUGCCCUCUUUAUACCGCGAUUUGCCGCCGAACGAGAUCCCACACUCGUGUCCUAUUUUGGAAUGCGGGAUCGAGUCAAAGUGGCUCAAACCUUUCAGACCCCAACCAGAUGGAAAGAUUUUUGCGCCAUACAAGAGGACAAUUGCAUUACACCCGAUGCCUACAAUCGAUGGAAAACCUAUUGUCAACUCAACAAUUGUAUCGAUAAACCACACGCACCGCGAUUUCCCGAAAACGAACAAGAAGAACAGAGCUUUUUCGUAGAAGGACUCUAUCCGGGACAUUUUCGCAUCACGGAAGAGGGAGAUUGCGAUCUUAAUCCCGAUACUUGUACGGGUGUACUGGUCGACUAUGCAUGUGGCUGGAACAGCUAUGCCAAACAACAAACGCACCAUCUCAAUAUGCCCUUUCGAUACGCAGGAACCGAGGUCAAUGGAGGAUUCAAAGCGUCCGAAGCUUUGCAGAUUUGGAGAGCCGCCAAUGCCACCAAAUCUCCCGUUUUCAUGGUCUGGUACUCGCCCGAUCCCUUUUACCAAUCAUUUCUGGGAAGUGAGGCCGAAAUGACCCGCGUCAACUUACCACCGCCCACCCCGCAAUGUGCCGAUAAUCGAAUCAAUGUGGCAGACUACUGUGCCAACUCCACCUGGCGAGAUCAGGGAUCGUUUGGAGACCCAAAAGGAAGCUGUGACACGUACCCUCAGUUACUGCAAAAGACGUUUACCAAGGCACUCCGCGAUGUGACGGAAGAUCCCAGUUUGAGUGACGUGUUUUGGAGCCCGGCCAGAGACUUUUUGCUAAACCUACGACUUGACAAUCUGCAUUACAAUGAACUGAUCCAACUAUGGCGCAGUCGAGGAACCGACCCGUUGGGAUAUGAUCCCCGAGAUGCAACCUGCCAAUGGGUUGUCGACAAUUUUGAUCGUCUCAUGUCGUUUGUACCGGAAACAUAUCCCCGGGUCAUUAAGGAAGUCGACAACGAACGAGAGGCGCUGUUGGCAGUGGCCUUUGGGCUUUCCAUUUUUGUCGUGUGCGUGGUGCUUCUGACCACUGCAUUUUGCUUUCUCAAACGCAAAACCAUGUGUAUUUAUCACAUGCAGUCACACUUUCUGAGGUUGCUGCUCUGUGGGAUGCUCAUGGUUGGGAUUGGGGCCGUCAUUAUGACCGCUGCCCCCACCGAUGCGUCGUGUGGUGUCACACCGUGGUUGAUCAAUUUGGGCUAUCUCUUGCUGUUUGUGCCAUUGGUGGUGCGGAUAUCGGCGAUUAGCCGACUGGCGACGGACGGCAAGCGCAUGCAGCGUGUGCGAGUGAAGUCCAUCGAGCUGUACAAAUAUGUUCUGGCAUUUGCGGUCCUGGUGGCGGUUUAUCUGUUUGUCUGGACAUAUGUGGAUCCACCCGUAAAGACGUACGAAUAUGAACUGACGAAUCACGUGACACCCGAAGGAGACAGUGUGAUUGAGUCAUAUGACUAUUGCGGGGCUGAAUAUGACUACUAUUGGCUGUUUAUUGCCAUGGCAUGUCGUGGCUUGGUGCUCCUGUCGGGCACAAUGAUUGGAUUCUUGGCUCUCCGAGUCAAAGACGACAGGAACGACUCUAGGGCCAUCUUUGUAACGCUGGUGGUUCAGCUCGUCGUUCUCGUCUUGCAAUUCGUUGUGUGCGUCAUUUUGUUCGAGUCAAAAAGGUCGGACUUGAUGGGUUACAGCAGCAUUCUGCACAGUUUGAACGCGAUCACACCGAUUGCAAUAUAUAUUCUACCCAAGUUCUUUGACAAAGAUGAAAACAAACAGGGCGAGGACAACAUGCUUCCUGAUGUGUUUGUCCAUACAACGAUGGCCCUCCUGGAUGUGGUCGGCUUUUCUGCGUGGACGUCAGUGCGGCAACCGGUGGAUGUGUUUCAGUUUCUCGAAGUGCUGUAUGAAACUUUUGAUGAAAUCGCGGUGAAAAAUGGCGUUUUCAAAGUGGAGACCGUUGGAGAGUGUUACAUUGCAGCGACAGGUAUCCCCAAGCCGCAGCCUGACCAUGCAGUUCGAAUGGCGAAGUUCGCCAUGGAUUGCAUGGCAAAGAUGCCCAGGUUUGUGAAGAGCAUGGAGACACGGUUUGGGCCUGAUACUGGAGAUUUGUCCUUGCAAAUUGCAAUGCACAGUGGCCCCGUCACGGGUGGCUGUCUCGCUGGGAAAGGAGAAAAGUUCCAGCUGUUUGGAGCUACAACCUUCGAGGCCAAGCUGCUUCUAGACAAGAGCAUCAGUGGAAGAAUACAUGUCUCGGAAUCAACGGCUAACUUGAUCGUCAAUGGUGGCAAGCCCAACUGGAUUGUCCCCCGAGACGAAAAGGUUUCCACCGGCCCCACAUUUUGGCUGGACUUUGGUCGUCGAGAAUCCGCGAAGGAAGUAAAAUCAGAUGAGUUUGCUUACAUGAAUGGUCAGCAGCGCUGGGUUGAGUGGAAUGUCGGGGUGUUUCAAGGCCUCCUGGUACAGAUUUUGGCUCGGCGGGCUAUGUCGUUCACAGCUGGCCUGAGCAGCGGCUCUACGGUCGACUUCAACAAAGCUGAAAUGCCCUUAGAAGAGGUCAAAGAAAUCAUCGAGUUGCCGGAGUUCGACAGGAGGGCGGCUAGACGACAACGAGACAACCAGGAUGUCGUGAUUGCAGAUGAAGUAAUUGCCGAGUUGAGGGAGUACAUCUCCGUUAUCGCUUCUUUGUACAAUCAGUAUCCCUUUCACAACUUUGCGCAUGCGAGCUACGUUGUAAUGGCCGUGAAAAAGUAUAUGUCCCGAAUAUUGGAGGGGAGCGAAGCAGAACUCGGCGGCGAAGAAGAGCGUGGUCGAAGUAGUGCGCAGUCUGCACUACACGAUCAUUCUUACGGAAUAACGAGCGAUCCGUUGACCCAAUUCGCUUGUGUUUACUCCGCAUUAAUUCAUGACGUCCAACAUCCUGGUGUGCCAAACAAUCGAUGGAUGGAGGAAAACGACGAGCUGGCUUCGCGAUACAAGCUUCGUAGUGUUGCUGAACAAAAUUCGUUUGACGUUUCCUGGGAUCUGCUGAUGCAAGACCGCUUUCAAAAACUACGAUCCACGAUAUGCAGCAGUUCCGAGGAGCUACACAGAUUUAGGCAAAUUGUGAUUAACUGUGUAAUGGCAACUGAUUUGGGCGACAAGCAACUCAAGGCGCUACGCAAUGGUCGGUGGGAGAAGGCUUUUUCACAAGAAGCGACAUCAGUGUCUGGACUAUCCGAAGUUUCCUCAUCAAGUGACAGCGAAGACGAAAGCUACAACCCUAGACGGAGCGCGAAUCAUGCAAUCAAGAAAAGGAAGCAAGUGUCUAUCAACAGGAAGGCAACUAUUGUUAUUGAGCACCUCAUCCAGGCAGCUGACAUUGCACAUACUUGCCAGCAUUGGCAUAUCUACAGAAAAUGGAAUGAAAGACUGUUUCGCGAGCUUUAUCAGGCAUACCGGGAAGGACGUAGCGAUGCAAAUCCCGCCGACAAUUGGUACAAGGGCGAGAUUGGCUUCUUUGACUUCUACAUCAUUCCAUUGUCACAAAAGAUCCGCGACUGCGGGGUCUUCGGUCCAACCAGUGACGAAAAUUUGAAUUACGCUACCAACAAUCGUAACAUGUGGAAAAGUGAGGGCCAGCAGAUCGUGGAGGACAUGUUGAAACAAGUUGAACAGGAGUACAGGGAACAAAACGAAUCUGACAGGGAAUGCGCCAAGGACCCCAGCUCCAGUCCAUUUCAAUGCAUUGAUCUUGAAUUGGAAUUGGGCGUGGUAGAAUAACCGAGCAUGUAUUGUCUUGUUGUUGGCUGGAUACGGUAUCUGAUCCGAACUGCUACCGGUACCAGUACCAUACCUGGUAUGGGAGACAACAUCGUACCUAUCUAAGUCUGGUAGAGUACUAGUAACACCAGAUAUUCUAAACACUCUUCGCCACUGUGGGGACCCUACGAUUUGCUUUGUGGGACUUUGGUCUGGGUGAUACGUUACCGAUA